GUAACGAGACUGAAAUUACCAUUUAUAGGUGCUAUUAGUCUCAUCGACUCACUUUGUUUGUAACAAAACCACGGUCAAGAGACAAUCGAAGGUGCAGCACCGUUUUACAUCCUUCCUAAUAUAAGUCAGUACAUGAAAUAAUCUUUUUGAGAGAGCAGUCGGUGAAGUUGUUUGAAGGUCAUUUCAGAUAUUGGGCUUGAAGUUACGUCUCAAAACAAUUGCUGAUCAUUCAGCCAUGGCCAUUUUAACGACUCGCGAAGCAACGAUGAAAGAGGGAUAUCUUUUCAAGCAGAGUAGAAAUGUCUGGAAGUUGUGGAAAGCCCGAUUUUUCAUCCUCAAAACCACCGGGCUAUUCUACUACAAGAAAAAAAGCCAUUGCAGUGGCUUGGCGCUCGGAGUGAUACCAUUUAAGGACAUUUCGAUGCAAGUCGACGAAGUUGGUGACAAGCGAAGAAAGUUCUGCUUGAAAAUCCACGCAGAUGGCAAGACAUUUUCUUUGUGCUGCUUCUCGGAGGAAGAGAGAAACUCCUGGAUGAUUGCAAUCUUAACAGCUGUUACCUCAUACGUUAUCAACCAACACGAAGGAGCGAAAAUCGACGAGGCCAGUUACAUGACGAGGGGUAGGAGUUUGACCCGAUCCAAGUCGUUUGAUGCAAUAACCGGUGCCAAACUGCCAAACCCACCGAAGCAAAAAGCUUCAACGUUGAGCACCAGCGCAACAGAUUUGGAUCGCAUAGUUUUGCGAGAUUUCAAGUCGACUCCGCUACCGAAAAGAAAGCAGAAAGCAUUUUCUCACUGGGACUUUAAAUGGAGAAGUAGUUAUAUCAGUUUUGAUGUAAUAUAGUAAAAACCUUUAAUAUGUAUCUCUGAAGCUUAUUAACGAAUCUUCCAACUGCGCUUAUAUAAACUGAUUUAGCUGAAGUUCUUUCUUUCAUCGAUGUGACAAAACUCAUGAUCUAGAUUUUUUUUUUUUUAUCGAAAAUAGUUCGAACCAGACGAAUCGAACAGAGACGCUUUGAAUUGCAUUGUAAACUAUGCCACUGAUCUGUCAUCACAUAUUUGAAUUAUUUAAGAACGGGAAGUUGUAAUAUUUGUGUAGGCUAUUCAAAGAAGUUAAUUGUAAAGAAACCAUUGAAAGGUGUUUAGCAUAUUUAGUUAAUUACGAAAUGUGUAAAAUAA